AUGAAGGGGAUCAUGGAGGAGAAGGCAGUGAUCAUAAAAUGGGUCAAGAUGGGCUUCCAAGAGCUCCUCAAGGGAUUGGCCAUGAGAAAUGAUCAUCAGCAAGGCGUAACCUCCACUGAUGCUGGCACACCUGCCAACCCUGGAUCCAACACAACUUCCAGUGAGCACACCAUAGCCAACACUGGAUUCACUGCAACUUCUGAUGGGACCAGCACAACCUCCAAUACUAAAUCCAGCACAACCUCUGGAGAGACCAGCACACCUGCCAACACUGGAUCCAGCGUGACCUCUGGAGGGUCCAGCACACCUGUCAACACUGGAUCCAGCAUGACCCCUAGUAGUUACAGCAUAACCUCUAAUUCCGGAUCCAGCAUGACCCCCAGAAAUUCCACUACAACCUCCAACAUUGGAUCCAGUGUGACCCCUGGAGGGACUGGCACAUCUGUCAACACUGCAUCUAGCACAACCUCUGGUGGGGCCAAUAACGUCUCCAGCACUGGGUCCGGCACAACUUCUGGUGAGAUCAGCACACCUGCCAAUACUGGUUCCAGUAUGACCUCCAGUGAGACCAGCAUAACCUCCAGUGGGACCAGCACAGCCUUCAACACUGGAUCCAGUGCAACCAUAGGAGGCUCUGGUACACCUUCUCCAAAUGGAACACCCACAACUUCCAAUAGAAUUAGCACAAGUGCUAGUACUCCAGUGAAUGACGUGAAGCCCAGUGGGUCCCUGAAGCCAUGGGAAAUCUUCCUCAUCACUCUGGUCUCAGUUGUAGUGGUCGUGGGAUUCUUUGUUGGGCUCUUCUUCUGUGUGAGAAACUCCUUGUCCCUGAGAAAUGUCUUUGAUACAGCUGUCUACCGCCCCCAUGGUCCCAACCUUGGCCCGGGCCCUGGAGGGAAUCACAGAGUCCACCAUAGCCCUAGGCGGACCCCUAACUGGUACUGAAGAAGACCAGUUCCUCAGUAG